GUCUCACAAAUUUGUAGGCAAGAAUAUGGGAUCUUGAAAUGUUUAUAUCCUCGGCAGGCUACUCAAACAAAAGUCCGGGCCUUCAAAAAAGCCUUUUAUACGACACUCCCAUCAAUGCUUUCUCAGGCCAGCAAUAUAGCUCUAUCACCGUUAAUUCCACUAUAAUGGACGUCAAAUGCAGCCAGGUGCAAGACGCUGCUAUCGACAUUUUUCUCAUGCCCUAUACCGAUAACGAUACGUCACAUGCUAUACCCGUCGAUGUCUCGUCUGGUGCGGAUGGUCCUCUCGACGUUUGGUUUAACCUAUCCAUGCCCCCACCUCCUUAUUGGGACCCCAAAGUCUCAGACUUGAACUUUUCAACCUUCUUUCAAACCCUUCAAACGACAUGUGGACCGAUCGCGAACGACCACGUCCCAGGACCCGUACCUCAUAUUUGCUUUAAUACUAAUUACACCAACUUCACAAAAGUCGUCGUCCAACCUUGGGUUCUCAGCAGCGAUCUCAGUUUCCCAGGUCACCAGCAGGUUGUUUUCGUCAUCGCAACGUCAGAUGAGGACAUCCUCAUCCGUGAUGAUAACGAUUCGACGGGGACUACUGUCAAUGAAACUAUUGAUACCGGCAUUUGCAAGCCGAAUGGACAUGGUCCUCCCAGUGACGAUGGUCCUUGCAUGUCGGUGCCGAUGUUUGUCCAGGCUAUUGGUUGUACGCUUGAGACGACGCAAGCGUAUAUCGAGGUUACAUAUUCCGGAAUUCUGGUCGACACGGACGCGCCAUCGGAUCCCGACCCACAUCAAUGGGACGUGUUUCAGUGGGAACCGACUAGUCCGGUUCGUGUGGAGGAUCUUUUCCUCACAGCGUUCAGCCCUGUUCCGACCUUGGACGAAAUCAUCUCUGACGGCGCAUCGCUCAUCAAUCUCGGCCAGAGUUCUGUCGAGCAGAUGCUCGCCAAUCUUGUCUCCCCGUCAUCGAACAACAACUAUACCUAUCUCGGACUUGAUGAGCUCGAGGGGAGUUUGGCGGCUCUCUAUGCGAGUUAUAUUUGGAAGGCUUGGCAAUUGUGUGAUUGCCCACCUUGGCCGAUGAAUACUCGUCAGACUCCUCCUUCGGUGUGUCAGGACUUUCAGUUGGGCGCUGCCCUGGGUGGAUGGGAUGACGUUGUCGACGCGCAGGUCACGAUGUCCGAGCCGAAGGCUACGUUCAAGGUCGUUCUCUGGCGGGCGGUGAUUGGGGCGGCGUGUAGUGCGCUGAUGUGUAUCUUGUCGUUUGCCCUUUUGGGUGUGAUAACGGACCGAGAUAAGGAUAUGCCGCUGAGGGAUGCUGGGCUAGUGGAUGGUGUGCGAUUGAUGAUUGACUCGUCUUUGCCCGGUGCGGUUAAACUGGCGGGUGUUGAGGGCUUGAAGCUUAGGUAUGGUUGGAACGAUGAUCAGAGUUAUCAGAUACUCAAUAUUCGAGACGAGAAUGAGAAGGUGGCGUAGUAGAACAUGGACUGAUAUGGACUGGGGUGUGUUGUACAUUAGGAUACGGAUACUGUUCGAUUUGCUUGAGGGGGUGGGGGAUUUGCUUGGCUUCGCCCUUUGGGGGUCACGGUGAGAUAUGUGCUCGCCUGGGUUUCAAGUGAUGUGGGUAAACCCGCCUUCCAGGGUGA